AUGAAAUUCCUUAUCUGCUUGGCUCUUUUCGCUGCUGCUGCUAGCGCUCAUGUUGUUGCUCCCAUAACAACUUAUGCUGCUGCUGCUCCAGCUUAUACCACCUAUGCUGCUGCUGCUCCAGCCUAUACCACCUAUGCAGCUGCCGCUCCAGCUUACACCACCUACGCCGCUGCCGCUCCAGCCUAUACCACCUAUGCCGCAGCAGCUUCUCCAGUCUACACCCGCUCAGUUUACAGUGCUCCCGCUUAUACCGCUUAUUCUGCUCCAGCUGUCGUAGCUUCUCCCUCUGUUGUUGCUGCUCGUGUAGCCGUGGCACCUGCUGUCUACAGUACUCUGUUGAAGAAGAAGUGA